AGGAAUCUACAAAUAGGAGAAGUGAGGAGUUUUAACAAGUUCCUUAGAUGAGCUUCUCCCCAUCUCCAUCAAGCUGAUUAUACCCGAGGAGGAAUUAUUCAUGACAUAAAUGGCGGAGGAGUUAUUAAAAGAAAAUGCUGCAAAGAUCACUGGGAAUCUCACAUGGUCAUUGUUGGCUGUGGCUUUCUUGGCCUCGUUCGGCAGCUCGAUGCUCUAUGGCUUCAAUUUGGCUGUUGUCAACUCACCUGCUGAGUACAUCAAAGCCUUCUACAACGAGACGUUAACUGAGAACCAUCACUGGCAUCUGGAUGAGCAUUUCUUGACGGUCUUAUAUGCCCUAACUGUUUCCAUCUUUGCCAUCGGUGGGAUGACUGGUGCGUUGCUGGUGGGAAGACUUGUCACUAAAUAUGGAAGAAAAGGGACACUGGUCAGAUCCACCAUUCUGGUGUUUAUUGGAGGGACUUUGAUGGGCUUCAGCAGAUGGUUCAGGGAUCCCUGGAUGGUCAUUGCAGGACGUUUCAUCACAGGAGUCCAUUCAGGGAUUUCUCUCAGCGUAGUGCCCAUGUACCUUGGAGAGAUCGCCCCCAAGAACCUUCGAGGGUUUCUAGGUCUCGUUCCCAGUAUCCACAUCUGCAUUGGAGUUUUCAUUGCUCAGGUCCUUGGGCUCUCUGAACUGCUGGGAAAGGAGGAACAUUGGCCCCUGCUCCUCUCCCUUGUCUUGUUUCCUACUUUGGUCCAACUGAUGCUGUUGCCCUGGUUUCCCGAGAGUCCAAGAUACCUGCUGAUAGACAAAGGAAAUGUCUACGCAACUGUAAAAGCCCUGAAGUAUUUCCGUAAAAAGGGAAAUAUCCAAGCUGAGGUUGAGGAGAUGCAGGAGGAGCAAAGGUCACUCUCCUCCGUGAAGACCCUCUCUGUCCGCCGUCUACUCAUGGACCGCUCUGUCCGCUGGCAGGUCCUCACCACCAUGGUGGUCAACAUUGGCAUGCAGCUGUCUGGUAUUGAUGCGAUCUGGUUCUACACAAAUGACAUAUUCAGGGAUGCAGGAAUCCCAGAACACGACAUUCAGUACACAACAGUGGGGACUGGUGUCAUAGAGGUCAUUGCUGGAUUGCUUGGGAUUUUAACUAUUGAGCGAUUGGGCCGCAGACCUCUUAUUUACGGUGGAUUCUUCGUCAUGGGCCUCUGUUGUGCAGGAAUCACAGUGUCAGUCCUGCUCCAGGCGCAGUUGCCCUUCAUGAAGUAUAUCAGCGUUGGCUGUGUUGUGGGGAUCAUCGCUGGCUUCUGCAUAGGUCCAGCCGGUGUGCCUUACCUGAUCACAGCAGAGCUCUUCAAGCAGUCUCACCGACCUGCUGCCUAUACCAUAGCAGGCUGCCUCAGUUGGUUUUCCAACUUCCUCAUUGGCUUCGUCUUUCCUUUCCUAGAGGAAGCUACAGGUCCAUACUGUUACCUGAUCUUCUGCGCGAUCUGCUGGGGAGUUGCUUUGUACACCAUAUUUAUCAUUCCAGAAACCAAGAACAAAACAUUCCUUGAGAUCAGCCAAAUGUUUAAUACCAAAAACAGCAUCAGGAAGGAAGAGCCGACACCAAACAGUCAUUUGAAACUGGCACUGAUGAACGGCUAUGGAUCGCUCGGGCUCCAUGAUGAAAACUGAAACAUGGAAAGAAGACCACAGCCUCUGUGAUGAU